UCAAGGCCUCUAUGAAUCUCUCCGUAGACCCCUGCCAGGACUUUUACCAGUUCUCCUGCGGAGGGUGGAUCAAGAAUAAUCCAGUGCCUGCCACGGAGUCUCACUUCAACCAGUUUAAUCUGGUCUCCAAGACUCUUUACAUUCAGCUCCGAGAUUUACUGGAAGCUCCAGAUUCCGAUGAUGAUCCAGCUCCAGUGAAAAAUGCAAGACAAAGCUACAAGGCCUGUAUGGAUACUA